AUGCGCUCAGAGCUCACGCCAAAAAGCUUGUCUCGCGCUAUCUUGGCCCUGGAAGGUGCCCAAGGACGAUUGAGGUUUAUUUGCAUCCCAGAAGGGUCAGUAACCACGAUAAGUGCGUUCACGUGCGUCUCGGCAACGUCGCGUGCCGAGGUGAAUUUAGCGGAGGUGGAGUCAGUGUAUUUUGGGCUUAUAUCUUCCAAUGAAAGCAAACGUCUGCUCACAAAGCAAAAUGGGACUUAUAAACUUCAAUCACUGCUUCGCCCGAGACGGCGACGACGGCAUAGCAGCGGCGGCAAAGGCAGCGGCGGGGACGGCAAAGACAGCGGUGACGGUGUUGAAGGCGGCUAG